AUAGCUCCUUUGACUUUGGUCGAAAGUGGCAACUUGUUCACGAACGAGUGACUCCAAACCGUUUCUACUGGUCAGUGACCGGUCUGGACAAGGAGUUAGAUCUAAUACACAUGGAAGCUCAUACACCUGACAGCAAUUGUCAGUAUGUGACAUGCAGAGCUCACGCCUGCUCCGAGUCCAGUAAGACGUACCCAUUUCCUGGCUAUAUUGAGACCAACUCACUCGUGGUUCAAGAUGAAUACAUGUUCGUGCAGGUGACCACAACAGGCAGGGCGAGUUACUACGUGUCCUAUCAACGAGAACCUUUUGUUCGCAUUAAAAUUCCUAAGUACUCUCUGCCCAAGGACCUGCAUAUCGUAAGUACGGAUCAGAGUCAGGUCUUCGCCGCCGUCCAGGAGUGGAAUCAAAACGACACGUAUAACCUGUACAUAUCUGACGUGCGGGGAGUUUACUUCACUUUGGCAUUGGAGAACGUCAGGACGAGCCGCAGCCUCGGGGGCAACAGCAUGAUCGACCUUUACCAGGUAGCAGGGAUUGAAGGUAUGCUCAUCGCUAAUAGAAAGGUGGAGAACCAGGUGAAGACGUACAUCACUUACAACAAGGGACGCGACUGGAGGCUUUUACAGGCACCCAACACUGAUCUGACUGGAAAUGAGAUUCAUUGUGUGCUGCCCUUUUGUUCGCUGCAUCUACAACUGCAGAUGUCAGAAAACCCGUACCUCUCCGGCUCCAUAUCCACUAAGAGCUCUGCACCAGGAGUCAUAGUGGCGACAGGAAAUAUUGGCUCCGAACUGUCGUAUAAUAAUGUUGCAAUGUACAUUUCAUCAGAUGCUGGCAAUACCUGGAGACAGAUUUUUGAGGAGGAGCACAACGUAUGGUUUUUGGACCGAGGUGGGGCUUUGGUUGCAGUGAAGCAGCCCACCAUUCCCACCAGACAUCUUUGGAUCAGCUUCGAUGAAGGUCGCCAGUGGACACGUCACAGUUUCUCAGCCAUGCCGCUCUUUGUGGAUGGAGUUCUGGUGGAGGCAGGUGCAGAAAACCAGAUUAUGACGUUUUUCGGGCAUUUCAGCCAUCGAUCUGAAUGGCAGCUUAUUAAAAUUGACUACAAGCCUGUGUUUACCAGAAGGUGCACGGAGGGCGACUACCAAACUUGGCACCUGCAUAACCAGGGAGAGCCGUGCAUUAUGGGUCAGAAGCAGAUCUACAUGAAACGUCGCCCAGGCAACUACUGUAUGGUGGGAUGGGACAACUCCAGGAUCUUGUCUGCUGAACCUUGCAUCUGCAGAGCGCAUGACUUUGAGUGCGAUUACGGUUUCGAGAAAAGAGGUGAUGGAAACUGCCAGCCAGCGUUUUGGUUUAACCCCUCCACGGUGUCUCGAAGCUGCAGCCAAGGUCAAAACUACCUCAACAGCACGGGAUAUCGUAAAGUUGUUGCAAAUAACUGCACGAAAGGUGUGAAGGACUUAUAUACAGCCCGAAAGCAGCAGUGUCCCAACCGUCCACCUCGAGGAUUGGUCCUGGCAACCCGUGAUGACAAACUCACAGCAAACUUGGGCAGCAAUGUGACUUUCCUGGUGCGGUUAGAGGAGGGGGACUCCAUGAGGACCAACAUUCAGCUGGACUUCGGAGACGGGACGGCAGUGUCGUACUCGAACCUGAGCUGGACGCAGGAGGGGAUCAGACACGUGUACCGCAGUGCCGGGAUCUUCAGGGUAACGGCGCUAGCGGAGAACAGCCUCGGGUUCGACGCGUCGUCGCUUUACCUCCACGUGACAUGCCCAGUGGAGCACAUACAGCUGUUGGCUCCGUAUGUGGUCAUUAAGAACAAGGAGGUGAACCUGACAGCAGUGGUCUGGCCUUCUCAUUUCAGAACGCUCACCUAUUUUUGGUGGCUGGGGAACAACACGGAGCCGAUCAUCACAUUGGAGAGCAGUAUUUCCUACACGUUCAACACUGAGGGUAUGACCACAGUGACUGUGCAGGUGUCUUCGGCAGAUUCGAUAUUACAAGACAGCAGAAACAUCGCAGUGCAAGAAUUCUUCAAAUCGCUUCUUUUGUCUUUCUCUCCCAAUCUGGACGAGGCCAACCCCGACGUCCCUGAAUGGAGACAGGACGUGGGUCGGGUAAUUAAGAAGGCCGUUCUCCAAGUCGCGCCAGAUAUUCCAGAAGACCAGCUUCUGGUCGCCGUGUUUCCCGGAAUUCCGACUGCCGCCGAGCUCUUCCUGCUUCCUCCCAGGAACCAAUCAGACGGCAGGAAAAGGAGUGAAGAGCAUCUGGAGCAGUUAUCAGAAGUCCUGGUCAAUGCAUUGAAUCAAAUUUCGGUGGAGUUCGAACUGAAGACCGGCUCUCGGGUCAUCGUUUAUGUCACACAAUUAACUUUAGCUCCACUAGUUGACUCCAUCCCAAGACACAGCAGUUCGGCGAUGCUGAUGCUAUUAUCCGUGGUGUUUUUGGGGUUAGCUGUAUUUCUCAUCUACAAAUUUAAGAGGUAA